AAGAUCAAUCUCGCUUGAGAGCUGAAUUACUCAGCAAUUUUUGUAUUUCGUACAUAAAAAACAUACACAUACAAUUUUUAACCUUAAGUCUUUACAAGAACAAUCUUACUUAUGGAUGAAAAUUCUAUUCAUUCAUUCUUUCUGCAAAUAAUGAGAAAGACAGAGAGGGACAGACAGAGAGAGAGAGAGAGAGAGAGAAAGAAAGCCAAAAUAUUUUAUACGGCCAAUAAAUAACUCACUCUAUUCGCCAGGAAACUGACUAUAAAUAACAAACAUCUCUCGGCAGCUUUGCAGGAUCGGCCAGAUGGCAAGGAAAUACAAGGCCACAGACUUAAUUAAAAUGUAAAAGAGUAAGCAGCCCAUUGCUGAAGCAGCAUAUGAAUAUAUUUUAUUUUAAUUACUACCCAUCUAAAAUACCUCAUUCUUCUCAUUUGUUACCUAAAGAAGACUUACAUUUAAAUGUUAAAUGGUGGUGUUUAAUAGUUCAAUUGUUUUUCUUUUUGUAACAUCAGCACUGAAUUCACUUUAAAUACAAUAUGAUGAGAGAGAGAGAGAGAGAGAAAGAGAGAGAGAGAGAGAGAGAGAGAGAGGGGCAGAUUCAACCAUGCGCACAGCAGCUAGACUCUUGCUCAAAACAUGUCUAAAAUGUGGCUAAACAACAGUUAAACUUCCUGUGUGACACUUUAAAGCAUAUUUAAUGAGGUAAUUUGUACAGCUCUGGAAAAAAAAUAAGAGACCACUUCAGUUUCUUAAUCAGUCUUCCUAAUUUUGUUAUUUAUAGGUAUAUGUUUGAAUUUACAUUAUUGUUUUAUUCUAUAAACCAUGGACAACAUUUCUCUCAAAUUCCAAAUAAGAAUAUUGUCAUUUAGAGCAUUUAUUUGCAGAAAAUGAGAAAUGGCGAAAUAUCAAAUAACUCAUCAUUUUUAAGUGGUCUCAUUUUUUUUCCCAGAGCUGUACACACACACACACACACACACACACACACACACAGGAACAGUUUCACAAGCAGCAUGCAUAUACAACUAAGAGAUACCUAUUGUAUUUCACAAAGAACAAGAAAAAGUGGAUUUUACGGAAGGACAGCUUUAACCACAAUGCAACACCCUGGUUGCUGAGCAACCGAACACACGCCAUUUUGAUUAGUUUAACACAACAGAGGCUAACGUUUUAUUACGAAGACAAAGCAUAUAAAGUGUCUCACAGUUGGGUUACUCUUUUGCUGCUCUCUCCUGGUGAUUUAGUGCUAGUGCAGCGGGAACAUAUCACCUUACAUUCUACUCUAUUAAUAACAUGGGCUCUACAGUGUGCCAGGUCAACAAUAUCUUGUGACUGGCUAUGCUAACUCUGAAAGGACAUCCAGUCUGUUGGACGAAAGUCUUGCGAGGACUUCAGUCUCUCUUCAUACUCCAGACUCAUUGAGGCUAGGAGAGAGAUUCCUUAUAAAACCCUACAGCCCUCGCUGUAAUGUCCCGGGACACAUUUGCCUUCACCUCAGCCUCCCUGCGCUCCCUGAGACUGGAGCAGGAGCUGCAGGACUGGGAAGAUGCCCGCCGGGCCCUAGCCCACAGGAGGGCCAUGACCAGACGGCCUCUGCCAGCCGCUCCAAGGCUCAGGCACGGUACAGAGAGGAUUCAGACAGUACGGGCUCCUCCGCCACAGAUACACUGCAGAGACCCCACUAUACACAACACAUUCAUGUGGGGAGACAUGAAGGGUGUGUACGCUGUUCUCAAAGAGCCUGGCAUGGUGAACGCACUGAUGGAGAUUGUUCAUGAGGAGAUGGUGUGGACACCGGAGAUGGGCAUGUGGACCUUAUCUUCGAAAGUGAAGCAGACAUCUGCGCUGCGAUUGGCAGCAGGCAGGGGGCGUUCUGACUGUGUAGAGGAGCUUCUGUUUAGAGGAGCUGAUGUAGACGCUGACCCUGGGGGUCGCACAGCUCUUCAUGAUGCCUGUUCAGGGGGCCACAACACAUGCGUGAAGCUGCUACUGGACCACGGUGCUGACCCCGACCUGCCAACUGCCGAUGGCAGCACUCCUCUCCACCUUUGCAACACUGCCGACACCUACCUCUGUGCAGAGCUGCUGGUCAGUAAUGGUGCUAAUGUAAAUGUGACUCAGAGGGACUCCUGCCUCACGCCGCUGCACGUGGCAUGCCGGCGGGGGCUGGAGGAGCAUGUGGAGCUGCUGCUGGUGCACAGAGCUGAUGUGACUGCCCAGAGCUGCGAGGGCGAGACCCCUCUGAACGCAGCAUGUGCCGGGGCAGAGCGACCUUCAGAGGCAGGCCAGUACCUGCGGGUGGUGCAGCGGCUGCUGGAUGCGGGAGCGGACGCAUGCACAGCAGGCAGGAAGCAGCACAGCGCUUUGCAUAAUUCCUGCGCAAACUGCAACUACCGCAUUACUGACCUGCUGCUGCAGCACGGGGCACGUGCACAUGCAGUCAAUUGUGCAGGAUACACACCCAUGGACUGCCUGCUGCAGGUGGUGGAGGACUAUCCAGACCAGUACCCAGAACUGAUAGCUCGCUCACUUCUUAACCAUGGAGCAAAGCCUCCCUCUUCCAGAAUGCUGAAAGAGUGUGUGCUCUCCCCAAACACAUUGGAGGUGAUACUGAACUGCUUCCAGGUGGUACCGGCCUGUGAAGAAUGGCUACAGGACGUUCCAGAUGAGCUGCUGAAGGAGCAUAGGCCGUUCUUUGACUCUGUUUGGCGGAUGAUUGGUCAGCCUCGCAAGCUCCAGCACCUCUGUCGGUGUUCCUUGCGACGCCACCUGGGGGCUCAGUGUCAUUCCACCAUUACUAAGCUGAAUAUCCCCUGUGCACUGAGAGAGUACCUGCUGCUGCGCAUCGAUGGAGAGAUCCACUGAACCAUGAAGUUAAAACAAUAAAGACAUUACUGCACUGGCUGUUCAGAGGGUGCUCACUAAGUACACUAUAUGGACAAAAGCAUUGGGACGUUGUUUCUUUCAAAUUGAAGGAAAUUAAAAUGAGUUUAACCUGC